CUCUAUUCGAACGGUUCUCGGCGUCGAUUCCUCUUGGACGACGCGUGGCGGAGUCGAAGGGGAACGGACGAGGAGGGAGGAUGGGGACGGGCACGGAGGAGCCGAGCAGCAGCGGGGGCGGGUCCGCAAGCCGCGCGCGAGGGCUCGCCGUGAAGGCGCUCGUACUGCUGGGCGGCGCAUUGCUGCUUAAGUGGCUGAGGAAGUCCACCACCCGAUGGGAUCACGCCCGCGCCGUCGCCGAUUCCCUCAUCGGAGAGAAGUUCUCUCGAGAGCAGGCUCGCAGGGAUCCCGCUGGCUAUUUCAAUAUGAGAACACUCACAUGCCCAGCGACAGAGAUGGUAGAUGGCUCAAGGGUUUUAUACUUUGAGCAGGCAUUUUGGAGAACUCAUCAGAAACCUUUUCGACAAAGAUUUUAUAUGGUGAAGCCUUGCCCAAAAGAGAUGAAAUGUGAUGUUCAGUUGAGUUCUUAUGCAAUAAGAGAUGUGGAAGAGUACAAAAACUUUUGUGACCGUCCGAAGGAUCAGAGACCACAGCCUGAGGAGGUUAUUGGGGAUAUCAUAGAACAUCUAACAACUGUUCAUCUCUCACGAUGUGAACGUGGAAAGCGCUGUUUAUACGAAGGUUCAACUCCACCCAGCAGCUAUCCCAAUUCAUGGAAUGGCGCAUCAUACUGUACGUCUGAGCUUAUAGUUCACAAGAAUGGUGAAGUGCAUACUUGGGACAGAGGCUAUGAUGAUGAAGGCAAUCAGGUCUGGGGUCCAAAGGCAGGUCCUUACGAAUUCAAACCUGCAACACCACCGUCAAGCUACGACUACAUGUUUUCACCUUUGAACUUACCCUCUGUGUUGGCAUUGGAGAAGACAUGCUUUCACCUUUGAACUUACCCUCUGCAUUGGCAUCCGAGAAGACGACGGAUAUCUCUUUUGCAGUCGGGUUCAUGAUGUAAUCCUGUUGGCAUUUAAAAUUUUAUUCUAUUUUUCAAAUAUUUGUUCUCCUCACGAACGAAAGAACGUUCCGAGAACACUGUUGAGUUAACCGCUCAGCAUGAGCGAGAGAUGCCCGGUUUGGCAGAAUCUCCACCUCACAGCAAGAAGAAACCCGAACUCUUUGGGCGUACUGUUUUCUUGGAUGCUGUGGUCCAUUGGAAUUUGGUUCCUGUUGUCACGCUAGAGGACGAAGGUCAGCAGUCAAGACAGGAAUGCUUAUACAAAUGAUCGAUUAUGCCCUGUCAAAGGAGAAUUUGGCCUAUAAUGAAGAAGAUGGUGGAGGAUUGUACAUAGCACAGCAGUUGCUUCAAGAUGAGGCAGAGAAAUUUAUAUGGGGCAUGAUAAAAGUGAAGGGUAGAGAUAUAAGUGAGCGAAGAAAUGGGAAGAAUGUACUUCGCUUCCUUCUUCUGUUUGCCAUCAUAUAAUGCUCGAGAUUGGAGCAAACUACAACAAUUAAUUACUUUUGCAUUAGUUAAUCAAUCAGCUGCUCUGUCGGGUUAUGGUUUA